UGGUCAUGGGCAAGGUAUUCUCUUGAAUAUGAUAUAACAAUACACAGCCGGUUUAACCGGUUGUGAAAACUUCAAUCGCACACUGUAAACAAGAAAUAUAAAUAUGGCCAAUGGACCUGAUUUCGACAAUGCAAUGGAAUACGAGAAGAAAAAUUUGAUCACAACCACAAACAGAAUAAACGCAUGUAAUAAAUGGGUUAUGCUCUUUUCGAUCCUCGCUGUCGGAUCUUCAGUGGUAUACGUGAGUGAUGGGUGGUUUAUGCAGACUUUAGUUAAAGAAUCUGGAAGUAAAUCCUAUUCUUGGAUUUCAUCUGUGGUCGACCGUCAACUCACAGCUCAAGAUAUUCCCUUACAGGCCGGAACGACUUUUCACGUAACGUCAAUGGAUUUUACAAAAUCUAGGAGCAAACGACAAACUGCAGUAGAAACUGGUUCAGCUGCCCCUGGAAGCGGAUCUGGUGGAGAGAGUGGAACCAGCGGAGAAACGACAACAGACUCAAGUGAACAAUCAGGAGAAGUAACGACGUCACCAAUGGAUGUAACGACAGACUCAUCUGAACAAUCUGGAGACGAAACAACGUCACCUAUGGAGAUGUCUGGUGAUGUAACGACAGCUUCGGGGUUUGAGGAAGAAGCAACAACUGCAUCCAUGUUUGAAUUGUCGGGAGAUGAAACAACCGCGCCUAUGGAGAUGUCUGGCGACGCGACAACAGCAACAGACGAGAGUUCAGGAGAUGUUACCCCUGAAUCAUUGUUUGAACAAUCUGGAGAAACCACAGUCGUUACGGAAACGACUGCCGCCGUUACGGAGGCUAUAGUCGAGCAAACAACUAUUGAAAUAGUAACUGCCGACACCGAAGAAACAACAGCCUUUGAAGUUACGACAGCUGCUGAUGACACUGAUGAAGACGCAGGAUUGCUAAUACCAUUCUACUUCGCCAUAAUAGCCGGGGUUGUUGGCAUUAUACUUGGUAUUUGUGUCGUAUUUGCUGUAAAAAAAUUUGUUAAAUGGCUGAGGAAAAGGAAACUUGUGACACCGAUGCAUACUCCAACGUCCUCAUCUUCAUACUUAAGAGAUACAGAUUUUGGAAAGCCUCCAGAACUCAACUGGCUGAUGGCUAGAGAAGACACUUUAUUGAAAGCAAUGGCACUCGGUCAAAUAUCUGUUCUAGAAUUUGCAAUUGUCGAAGCUCGGUCUUCUGGACUAAUGAGAGACAAUCCUCAACUUAUGAAAGAUGCGGAAAACAAAAUGAACGCCUGGAAACGUACUCAAACUCAAUUAGAAAAUUCGUAUAAAGAUCGUGAUCUUGACACGAUGGAUGAAUUCAUGAAAAGGUUCAAUGAACUUGAAAUGAAAGACGAUACAGGAACUUAUCAGAGAUGUGUGGACUUGAAAUGGAAUAUGAAACACGCUGAAUUAAAUAUGGCGAAUGCAGCUGAUAGCAGAAAUGAAACAAUGUUAAGAUCGUCGAUGGCAGAAUUUGAGUCUCUCAAAUUGCAAGACGCCACUGUUGCUACGAAUCAACCUUAUCAGAAUGCGGCAAGAGUGAUGGAAGAACUUCGUCAAGAGCAACUUCUUCAAGGUCGCACAUAUGAUGGAAUGAGAACAGAUUUAAGAGCAGCAGUGAUAGCGAGGGAACCGACAGCCAUAGCUGCUGCCCUAGCAAGUUUCACUCUCGCAGAAGUACCGGAUGAAUAUGACGACAUUGCAAAGGCCAACAAAACUUUGGAGGAAAUUGAGGAAGAGCGAAAAGAGAAUCUUGAUACAUCUCUUAAGAAGAUGGAAGAAGCUAGUUUCACCAGAGAUCAAGAUGCUUUGAGACAAUCAAUUGAUGAUUGUAGGAGAUUUGGUGCACCUGAAGCCGAUCUCAAGAAUCCUGAAAAGUUAUUGAGAGUAAUUGAAAGAGAAGAUCUUCUUUUAGCAGAAAUGAGAUCACUAACAGCUGAAGGAGACAUAGCGAAAUUAUCGAACGCUAUUGUCGUGUUCAAAACUCCGGUAGUCGAGAUGGUCGACAAGACUGGUGAUGUGGCCAAAGCAGAAGAAGUUCUAGAGAAACUGCAAGAAAAAGAGAAAAUGAGAAGGACACACAUGGACGUAAAGUGGAGAUUAGAAAAUGCUAUGGCUAUUGGUGACGUCACUGCAAUGGGAGGAAUGAUAAAAGCAUUUCAAGGUCUUGCUGCAGCAGGUGAAGAGAUCGACGAAGGCCUUCUGAUUCGUGCAAUGGGUGAACAUGAAGCGUGUCGCGGACAAGUCGAUUAUCGAAAAAGAAUGGAAGCAAUCAAAAGCGCUCUCGCGCGGUCAUUUGCCAACGAAAAUAUACCUCAAAUCGAAGAUCUUGUUGACCAAAUGUCCACUUUAGCAGAAGACAAAGAAUAUACUAUGACAGCUGAUGACUCUAGGGUAUUGGAUGAAUCAAGAACUGCCUUGAAUACACUAAAACACAAAUAUGCACUAAUGGACGAAAUUGCCACAGUACGGCCGGACUUAUCGGUACCACUCGUGCCACCAAAUCUCGAAAUACUGAAACAGGCUGUUGAUAGAAUGACAGUCGCUAAGAAAGGCGCAGAACAGUUUGAUGGCGUGUUUUCGGACGCAGAUGCAGUUUUACUCGAAGAUGCUCGUGUCAAUGCCAGUACACUCGAAAACAAAGUAAAUAUUAUGACGAAUGCGAGAGAACGCCUCGAAUUGGCAGUGGAGAAAAGAGAAUACAUUGAACUCAAGCAUUCAAUAAGGAAUGCUAUUCAGGCCCCGUUCAUCGAGAGGAAGGAACUCGUUGAGCCGCGCAAGCUGGCAAUUUUCUUGGAUCCGAAAGCCCGUAGAAUGGCAGUAAAGAAGGGUAUGCGCGCUCGAGAUAUCGGAAUGCUAGAUGUUGCUUUGCAGGACUUCAAAGAUGCAAGAGUAGACGAUGAAACGCUCUUACUCAAAGGUGAGCGAACGCUAGACAAGUUGAGAAAGAGAGAACGACGACGAGCGAAACAAGAAAGGCGAAAGGAGAAAGAAGAUGCAAAACGUGCGGCAGAAAUUGCACGCUUGACUGAAGUUCUGCGAUCGGCAAUCGCAUCCAGAGACACUGAACAUCUUCAACUUGCUCUUGAGGAAUUUGAGGAAAGUGGAUUUGAUGAUGAAGACGUUCCUGUUGUUGUUGAAGCUGAAGAACUUUUUGACACUCUCAAAAUACAAGAUCUUAGAGAAAGACUUCAAGACGCAAUUAAGCGAAGAGAUCUCUCCGGUCUGGAAAACGCCGUAGAUGAUGCCGAUUACGGCGGUUUCGUUAUGGACGUGAAAGAAGAAUACGAUAUUGCUAAAGAACUCCUUUAUCAUUUGAGAGAGUUAAAUAAUCUACGAGAAGCGAUUUCAGAAAUGAAUAGAUCAUUGAUUAGUGAGAUUCAUAAAUAUCCGACUCCACCUCCGUCUGUACAUCAAGUUAUGGCAGCUGCAUUCACUAUUCUCGGAGAAUCUCCUAAGAAACUUAAGAAUUGGACUGAGGUUCAAGGACUUCUUGGUAAACUUGGUCAAAAUGCAAUAACAAGACGUGUUCGAACGUGCGUACCAGGUGAUAUUCCUUCGGUAGCGAUCAAGAGAGCAGAGCAACAGCUUCGUGGUCUCAAGCUCGAAGAACUCGGUGAAAUUAGCAAAGGAGCUGCCACAUUCUUUGCAUGGUCGACAUGCAUGAUUAAAGAACAUACACAAAUAUCCAACGAACAGAAGGCGUUAGCCGAUAUUGAUUUACCAGAUAUUGGUAUUCCAGAUCGACCUCAAACCAGUCUUAAUUAUUCUUGGAUAGAGAAGAACGCGUGAUAAAUUAGCGUACUUUAUACACAUAAAAACAUUCUUCUUUUUCUGAAUUAAAUGACUUUAACGUGAAACAGAAAGAGUUUUUAGCAUAAGUAUUAGCAGUUCAUGAUGCCUUCGCUGACAAUGCUGCCAGUGCCUCGAUUUGACUUACAUUAAUGGCCUUCAACAUUCAAGCAGAAGGGUGGUCAGAGUUUCUUUUAUGUAUGAGAAAUGUUUCAAAAAGUUUGUACAUCAUUUCAUUUUAAUUAGCUCUUAACCUACCUAGUACUGGUUAUUUAACAUCAGAUUAACUCUUAUAAGAUUGAUAACAACCCUAGUAUUUGGUUCCACAUUCGCACCUCACCAUUUUUUGAACAACUACUUUUUAUGUUUUUA